CUCCCCGCACCCUCCAUUACGAAGAAAACAGAAGAAGAAACCCUCGCGGCCGCUCGAAUCGCCCUCUCUCCCUCUCUCCUCCACAAGCGCUCUUCCUGUCCUGUCUCUAGCGCGAACCGCGGGCGGCUCCUCCUCCAACAACAACAAUGGCGGCUGCGGCGGCGGAGAUGGCGGUGGGAUUCAUGGCGACGACCACGCGCGCGGCGGCGGCAGCGGCCAGGCCGGCCUCGGCGGCCGCGCCCCCGCAGCCCAGGAGGGCUGUCGCGGCGCGGGUGCUGCGGACCUCCGCCUCGGAGACGGUGGCCGCGGAUCUCGCCACCGUCGGGGCCAACGGCGCCCUCUCCGCCCUGAGCAAUAGUGAAGUUACUGCUGACGCCACCUCACAAAAUGCUGUUAGGAGGAAGACAAAGAUAGUUUGCACCAUAGGCCCCUCGACCAACACUCGCGAGAUGAUAUGGAAGCUUGCAGAGACUGGAAUGAACGUUGCACGUAUGAAUAUGUCGCAUGGUGACCACCAGUCACACAAGAAGGUGAUUGAUUUGGUGAAGGAGUACAACGCACAGAACACUGAUGGCAAUACUAUUGCUAUCAUGCUGGACACAAAGGGUCCAGAAGUGAGAAGUGGGGAUGUUCCAGAGCCAAUCAUGCUCGUGGAAGGUCAAGAGUUCAAUUUCACGAUCAAAAGAGGGGUGAGCACUGAAGACACUGUUAGCGUGAAUUAUGAUGACUUCAUAAGCGAUGUUGAAGCUGGCGACAUACUCUUGGUGGAUGGAGGAAUGAUGUCACUUGCUGUGAAGUCAAAAACAGCUGACACUGUCAAGUGCGAAGUAGUUGAUGGCGGGGAGUUGAAAUCAAGGCGCCACCUUAAUGUCCGUGGAAAGAGCGCGACACUGCCAUCUAUAACAGAGAAGGAUUGGGAAGAUAUCAAGUUUGGUGUUGAAAACGGUGUUGAUUUCUAUGCUGUUUCCUUUGUGAAGGAUGCCAAAGUUAUUCAUGAACUCAAGGCCUACCUGAAAAGUGCUAAUGCAGAUAUCCAUGUUAUUCCAAAAAUUGAGAGUGCAGAUUCAAUUCCAAACCUCCAGUCCAUUAUUGCUGCUUCAGAUGGGGCGAUGGUGGCUCGUGGAGAUCUCGGUGCUGAACUUCCAAUUGAGGAAGUACCUUUACUACAGGAGGAGAUUAUCAGGACAUGCCGAAGCAUGCAGAAACCAGUAAUUGUUGCCACAAAUAUGUUAGAAAGCAUGAUAGAUCAUCCAACUCCAACAAGGGCCGAGGUCUCUGACAUAGCAAUUGCAGUUCGGGAAGCUGCUGAUGCCAUUAUGCUGUCUGGUGAAACUGCGCAUGGAAAGUACCCAUUGAAGGCAGUGAAGGUGAUGCAUACUGUGGCACUUAGAACAGAAUCCAGCCUUUACGACCCAACUAAAGCUCCCAGUCUUGUUGCACGUCCACAGGCUCUUCUCAACGAUGAUUUUUGCAAAAGCCAACUAAGUAAGAUGUUCGGAUCUCAUGCAACGAUGAUGGCUAACACCCUUCGUACACCAAUCAUUGUGUUUACGCGUGUGGGUUCCAUGGCUGUCCUUCUGAGCCACUACCGCCCCUCGUCCACCAUAUAUGCAUUCACAAAUGAAGUACGAGUGAAGCAACGGCUGGCACUCUAUCAGGGCGUGGUUCCUAUUCUCAUGGACUUCUCUGAUGACGCAGAAGAAACUUUCUCAAGAGCAAUUAGCAGCUUGCUGGAUGCAAAAUACAUGAAUGAAGGGGACUACGUGACCCUGGUCCAGAGUGGUUCGAAGUCGAUCUGGAGAGACGAAUCUACUCACCACAUCCAAGUGAGGAAAGUACAGUGCUGAUGCAGAACAACGCAGAAGCAUGCCGGUCUCCUCCCCCCUAUCAGAAGAGAAAUUUUGAUGGCACCUUCAAGUGUUCUCCACUGUGUCACGUUAUGGCUACGUCCGAGUAAUUUUUAUGGAAAACAUUGCUACGUCGAGCCGUAGCUUAUGUUAAAUUUACUUGUAACAUUGAAAUUUUUAAUACGAUAUUCAUUCAUACUCUAUGGUUUGCCUUCGAGCACUAAUUUCCAGUUUUGUUGCCCUGGGAAUUGAAUAGGAGCAGCUACCAGAGUGGUAGAAUUGGAUUAUCAAGAUUGUAGCAGUAAUGUGAUAUUUCCUCUUUUUGUACAAGGAAAACUGUGAACCUAUUUGACUGAAGGGACCGGUUUAACGUUUAUUUAGA